AUGGACAACGCCAACCAAGAACAGAAGAGCUCCCUCGUGCUUACCGUCAUAGUCGUGCUAGGGCUAGCUUUAGGCUGUGUCUCUGCAGUGAAUGGUGGUGAUUAUCCAUUCAACAAUCCAUUGCCAGGGAUGUGCAUUAGAUUGUGGACGCUUCUAGUUAUUCAAUACAGUCUUCCAAAAGUUUUCACCAUUUUGGUACUAAUCUUCAUGUGGGUAACUUACUGGUUUCAAAUGCAUGCCAUACUUCCAUAUUCCAUGUGGCUUGAGAUGCUUCCGUUGUGUCUAAUCUGUAAUAUCUUUUAUAUCAUCCUUGUGGCUGUUGUGCUGCUACGGUUGGCACGCGAACGAAACCAACUCAGGGGAAACUAG